AUGCCUUUUGACACUGGCCUCGUCAGCGAGGACUCAGUCAACAGUGAGGACUCAGGCAACAAUGAGGACUCAGUCAACAGUGAGGACUCAGUCAACAGUGAGGACUCAGGCAACAGUGAGGACUCAGUCAACAGUGAGGACUCAGGCAACAGUGAGGACUUAGUCAACAGUGAGGACUCAGUCAACAGUGAGGACUCAGGCAACAGUGAGGACUUAGUCAACAGUGAGGACUCAGUCAACAGUGAGGACUCAGGCAACAGUGAGGACUCAGGCAACAGUGAGGACUCAGGCAACAGUGAGGACUCAGGCAACAGUGAGGACUCAACAGCAGUCAACAGUGAGGACUCAGGCAACAGUGAGGAAUCAGUCAACAGUGAAGAAUCAGUCAACAGUGAGGACUCAGUCAACAGUGAGGACUCAGGCAACAGUGAGGACUCAGUCAACAGUGAGGACUCAGGCAACAGUGAGGACUCAGUCAACAGUGAGGAAUCAGUCAACAGUAAGGAAUCAGUCAACAGUGAGGACUCAGUCAACAGUGAGGACUCGGUCAACAGUGAGGACUCAGGCAACAGUGAGGACUCGUGCAGCAGCGUCCAAGAAGCACAACUUUUACACCUUACUGGUUAUUGA